AUGCCAUCUACAGCUAGUACUCCUCUCCUAUCUUUAGGAGUCGACCAUAAGGCGCCACCGUCAUCAACAACGACCUCUCAACAACAACAACAACAGCAGCAACAGCAGCAGCAACAGCAGCAGCAGCCAUCAUCUAAUGAACCUCCAAAGCGUAACUAUAAUCUCAACGAAAUAUCGAAAGCUGUCUCUGCUACAGACUCUGAGACUUUCACACGCUCAUCAUUUGCUCUUAAGCGCACCCGGUCUAUGGGGCUGCUUGAUAACUUCAUUAUUAAACCCUCCACAGACCUUACAGGAACUAUGGCUGAUUACCCUCAUUUAGCUAUUUCAGACGGCUCUUCUUUUGUGUCUCCUCAGCUUUCGUCUUCAUCAUCGACAUCUUCUUCUUCAUCAUCAUCAUCUUCAUCAUCAUCUUCUCCUUUGCCUCAGCAGAAGCAGCAGCAGCAGCAGCAGCAGCAACGACAACAACAACAACAACAACAACAGCAGUCUUUAGUGGAUACUCAAUAUUCUAAUAAUAUUAUCAAUAAUAAUAACCAGCAAUAUAAUCAGUAUCCCCAGACAGCCUCAUCUCUCGCAACUCCUGUGGUCUCUUUAAAACAUCAAACCUCAUUAGGCUCUUCCGGAUUUUCGCCGUCUGACUUUUCUUUACCAUCCCCAGGAAUGGCAACAACAACAACAACAACAACAACUGCAACAUGUCCAGUCGCGUGCUCAUCUGCCUCUUCCUCUGUUGAUGAUACCACCUUAUUGUCAUCGUCAUCUUUAUCGCCGUCUUCUUCAUCAUCUGCUGCUUCUUCAUCUUCCUAUUCACCCUACUCUGUAAAUAAUAAUAACAAUACCACCACCACUACCACCACAAAUAAUCACCACAAUAAUACUUGCUCAUCUUCUACUGCAUCAACCUCUCCUUCUCCACCAACUUCCCACGCUGGAACACCAGACCUCACAGCUGUCCAUGAUGAUUCCGUUCUCGCAUAUGAACCCUCCCGCCAUGUGGACUACUUGUCCCACGACUGGAAAGAAUCAGACAUUUCCACCUGCUGGCGUAACAUUGUCAUGCGCAGACGAGAUGUGGCAAACUCGGCACGUCUGGAAAAUGCUUCUUGGCGUACCUGGACAAAAGCUAAAUACAAUCUGCGCACCGUCUCUCCAGAAUCUGUCAACUGGCUCAAGGAUUGUGAUGUGACGUGGCUCUAUGGUCCUCUUUUCAAUCAACCAAUGAAUAUCCAUUACACGGAUCCUCAAGCUGAAACUGCUGCUCCAACUGAACUUAGUAAACGAUCGAGCAGUACAAGCAUAAAUUGCCAGAGUAACAACAAUAGUUCCUCAAAAACGUCCUUGAUGCAACAGUUACCUCAAAGAAAUCGCCAGCAAUCAAAUUCAUCAUCAACAUCAAUAUCAACAUCUUCAUCUUCAUCACCAUAUCAAUUAAUGUCUUCUCAACAAAAACAAAAACAAAAGCAACUAAAACAACAACAACAACAACAACAACAACAACAAUCUCAAGCAUCCAAGCAAAAGCCUCUACACAAACCUAUUCUUAAAAAACGAACAGUUUCAGACAAGCUUUAUGCCCGGCAGAAUAGUGGCCAUCAUACUCCCACUCUGGCUUCUUUUCAAAAUAAUCAUCAACAACAACAGCAGCAGCAGCAACAACAACAACAGCAACAACAGCAACAACAGCAACCACAAUCUCCUACGACAUCUACCGCAAAUAAUACCUCCUCUAACCCUCAAGACGAAAAUGACGACGAACCCAUCAAGGAUGGCGGCGUGAACUCAUUUAUGCGCCACCACAAUUAUCGCCACCGACCACACACGGGCCACUCGGACGAACGCAUUUCCCGCCAAAUUAACCUCCAGUACCGCCACAUGCCCGGCCACCUCAUCAACCGCCCUUCCCCCACAAGUAAUGCCACGACGACUGCUGCUACCCCACAAUAUACCAAUAACAACCCUGCAUAUUAUCCCACCACAUUUAAUACAACACCCACCACUCAACAACAACAACAACAAACAUUAUCAAAUAAAUUUAACCAUUUGGCAACUGCCCCUCCUCAAGCUCCUGGGUCGGCCCCACCAUCAACAUUCCAAGGACCAAUCCAUGCUACCGCUAAUACUGUCGUCUCUCCUGCUUCUCUAUUGGCAAAAUCCCCAAACUCUUCUGUCACCUCUUUCCGGCCCCUUGAACGACACAUUCACUUCAACGACCGUGUAGAACAAUGCAUUGCUAUCGACACUUAUGAGAGCUCUUCAGAUGAAGAUAAUGACGACGACGAUAAUGACCACCACCACCACAACCACGAUCACAGCAUGAGCAACAACACUUCCUCAGACUUGUAUGGCUCAGGAAGAGGCCGCCAUGGACAUAGAUUUUCACGCGACUGGCGAUCAAGAGGUGAAGACUCGGAUGACUCGGAUAAUGCUUCCAAUAACUCUAAAAAACUCUCGUUUGGCUCAGGCUCUUCAGCCGCCAUGGAAGAAGACUCUUCUUCUUCCUCUUCUUCCGAUUCAGAAGAUGAGGACGAACCAGGCCUGUUUCUUUCCCUCCGUUCUUCAUCAACAACAUCACUUCACCGUUUGGACCGCCUAGGUGCACUGUCAUCAUCAUCCACUGCUACCUCUCCUAAAAGUUAUAACGCAAUUAUCGCUCCACUACCAGCAACAACGCUACGCGCAGCCUACGAUGUAGGCGAGGAGGAGGAGCUCCGUCGUGCAGAAGCCGCAAACUCGGUCGCUUAUGCCAUGUCCCACAAUACCCAGCCACGUACCCACAUUUACACUGUCUACGACUAUAAUAGUGUAUACAAGUCACCAUCGCAGUCGCCACAGGCUGUCCAAUCUCCUGGACCAUCUCCAGGCCAAUCUCCACAUGCUUCUACUAAGGCAAUUGAUCCAGCGCAGAUUGUGGGACCAUCUAACCUACUUACCAAUAAAAAUUCUGUGGAAGUUCCCAACAGUACAGAAGCCAGCAAUAUAGACGAUGAUGACGACGACCGUGUUAUGACGCUACCAUCCCACCUCUCUGCACAAUUACCCAUUGCUACUACAUCCAAGUUUGAUUUUGGUUCAGACUCGGAUUCGGAUUCUGAGGCUGAAGAAGUUGUAAUUGGAGUCAAGCCAAGUCCACUGCUUCAACGAGCAUCUCUGAGCGCAACAAACCUAGCUGGUGGGUUUCUGGGGUCUGCUCAACAAUCGAGCCAAGGUAGUACUUUAGGAGGUGCAGGUUCAGGAGGCCUUGCACGUACGUCUUCGUCAAUCUUUCGGUCGUCAUCACGGACUUCAAGCUCUGCAAAUCUUGCAAAUCUGAAUCGCUAA